GAACUAUAGAGAAACGUUGUGUUAUGUGGUUUAAACUUUGCAACGAUGGCAAUGCCUCGGCGGUUUUAAGAUUAAUGCCCAGUUGCAGUUCGAAAUGAUGAGGCUCGUUGAUUAUUUGGCGUUGAUCAUGAAUAAAUGGAUGGGUUCCUAUGUUUGCCUUUUGUUUUCCACACUGGUUGAUUUCUUCAGUUUAUCUGCUAAGCCUGUCCAGAUGUUGAGAGUGAGAGAACCUGCAGAGAAAUCUGGUCGCAGCAGAUGCGGCGGUAGAAUUCAGCCCUUUUUAGAGAGAAGGUAGACAUAGUUCAGCUUUGGGCAUAACCAUUGCAUCAUAUCUGAAAUAUUGUACGUACUGACAGGCCGGUUUCAUUUCAGAAACAUUGUGUUGGAACUCGUUGGCUGCUAUAACAGUAUCCGAGUAACCAGGUUUACUUGAUGAAAAAUAUAUGAUUAGAACGGUAACAGAUUAGGCAAGGCGCUCUUAGUGUCGUCCUAGGUUUCAUGGCACAGAAAGAUUUCCGAAUAAUCCCACGACAAGGCUUCGGACUCAGCUCCGUGACCGAGGAGAGGAGGACGGCCGAACCAUGCAGGGAGUUGGGCUGUCCGUCGCUACAAGAGCAGCUUCUUCCUCCACCAAACCAACCAAGCAAUCCCGUCAAACAAGCUCCCCGCCGAGAACUAGAAGAACACCAGAUCGUCCAACAGUAGCUGGUGAAGCAAAUCAAACAUGGCGAGCGACACGAGGGGUCUCGGCGUGGCGCUUACCGUCCUGCUCCUGCUCUUCAUGCCCGGGGCUUCCACCGUCGUCCCCAGCAUCGAUGCCACGCGGACCCGCCACCUGCCGCUGCCGCCUGGACUGCUGCGCGGCCCGGAGAGCGUCGCCUUCGACGCCAAGGGCAACGGCCCAUACAGCGGCGUCUCCGACGGCCGCGUCCUCAAGUGGAACGGCGACAGGCUCGGCUGGACGACGUACACUUACAGCCCUGGGUACAGCAGCGAGGCGUGCACGGCGUCCGUCCGCCGCCCCGAGACCGUCACCGAGAGCCGCUGCGGCCGUCCGCUGGGCCUACGGUUUCACCUCAAGUCUGGCUACCUGUACAUAGCCGACGCUUACAAGGGGCUCAUGAGGGUCGCUCCAGGAGGCGGCGAGGCGACGGUGCUUGUCACGGAGGUUGACGGCGCACCUCUCCGCUUCACCAACGGUGUGGACGUCGACCAGGUGACCGGUGAGGUCUACUUCACCGACAGCUCUAUCAACUAUCAAAGGUCACAACACGAGAUGGUAACCAGAAUCGGGGACUCGACAGGCCGCCUAAUGAGAUAUGAUCCACGCACGGAAAAGGUGACUCUGCUAAAGGCCGGCAUCACUUACCCCAAUGGCCUCGCCAUCAGCGCUGAUCGAACACACCUCGUCAUCUCAUCCACCGGGCCAUGCAAGCUGCUGAGGUACUGGACCAAAGGUCCCAAAACUGGCACGAUAGAACCGUUGACUGAUCUACCGGGCUAUCCUGAUAAUGUGAGGCCGGACAAAAAAGGAGGAUAUUGGGUGGCGAUACACCGUGAGAAGAAAGAACUUCCCUUUGGCGUCGAUAGCCAUCUACUUGCCAUGAGGAUCAACGCCGACGGGAAAAUAAUCGAGGAGAUGAGAGGACCCAAGGGCGUGAGGCCGACGGAGGUGGUGGAACGGACAAGCGGCAGACUAUUUGUAGGAUCUGUCGAGCUUACUUAUGUGGCCGUCGCCACACGCAAAUAGAGAUUAGUUCAAGUUAUGUAAAGGCUUUGCAUAGAGCAUGCUCUUUUUUUUCAAUGUCAUGUUCUGCUUUUGUUUCCUACUGUAUUUGUUUUGUUCCAUAAUUGCAUUUUGUUAGAUGAGUCUUACUGGGCGACGAUCUUCUAUCUCAAUAGAAUUGCUUCUCUGCAUGAAAUCAAUAUUAAGCUCUAAA